AUGGGGCUCUUUCAGGAUGUCUGGACUGCCCUUGAGCUAAUUGGAUAUGCUGUUGGCAUGCUGCUUUAUUUUUAUCUCAUUAUUUUCAUAGUUAUCGUCAUCGUAGUGGGCUCACUAGGUCUUCUUAUCUUGAUCUACUGCACCAUACCCAAGCUUCCGGGCUACGGACGACGGAUCGCCGUUCAUUUACGCGAGAACUGGACAAUUUCGCGUUGGCCAUUCCGCUGGCAAUCAUACAAGGGAUUUGCGCAUAUCCAGACUCCCCUCUUGACGGAAACUGCUGCUUGUUCGGGUCGCCAGGAUUGCCUGACGACGAGCAGACUCUGUAAGCCGUGCUAUCGACUAGUCAACCGGUCAAGGCUACUAUCUGGUUCCGUUCUUCCUGUUAUUCCUCGGCGAGAGUGGCAUGGGUGGCCUUUACCGCAUCGAAGGACGGAACUCUGCCACCUUUGUCAAAUCCUAUGGCUCUCACUUUCAGAACAGACGAGGAACGACAUCAUCUCCUUCAUUCAAGAGCAUUUCGCCGCAAAGCGCAAACCAGUUACAGUAUGGAUAUCUAUUUGGAAAGAUGAGGAGGCUCGCCUCACGAUGCAGUCCUUCUAUGCUGACCCGAAACCUGAAGAACGCGUGGGAUUAUCUGAUCCCAUACGCAUAACCCGAGGUGAGCUGCUACGAAACGGCCUCCCUAUAUCGACUCACGUAUCGGCUUCCACAGGCUCUGCACAUUGUAUUGAGCUUGCCAAGUCUUGGAUAUCCGACUGCGAGGCCAAUCACAACAGCACUUGCCGCUGUGAGACGUAUAUUGAAGACUACAUGCCCAAGAGGCUAUUGCAUGUCGGCGAUCAAGUAUCUAGCGCACUUCGUGUCGUUGAAACUUGUUCUCUCAGCGAUGUUCCAUCCAGGGCCCGGUAUCUUGCAUUAAGCUACCUACCAGGUAAAGACGGUGUGCCCGAGUAUCAAAAGCUGACCCUCAGUAAGAAGAAUGAUUGGCAAGAGAACAUGAGAUACAGUAGCUUGCCUUUGACGUUCCAGCAUGCAAUACGGCUCACCCGUCAGCUCGGGCUGAGUUACUUAUACAUUGACGUGCUUUGCAAUUGUCAGGAUGACGACGAGGACCUCAACCAAAGCAUGAACAGCAUGGGGAAAACAUAUGCCAACGCUUACUGUACCAUUGCGGCAUGCGCAUCUGACGACGCUGACGGCGGCUUUUUCGCCACGCGGGACCGUGUAUUUCAGGACUUUCCCUGCUACAUCCGAUUCUCGAAGAGAGAGGCACUGAGCAUUCGGCCUUCCGACAAGGCAUACAACAAAGAAUGUUUCUCCGUGGAAGUUGAUAAGAGUCCGCUUAAUGAGGAAGCUUGGGCUUUUGAACAACGACUUCUAUCGCGUCGGGUUCUCCAUUUUGGAUCUAAGUUUCUAUUCUUCGAAUGCAACUCGCACAUUUGCUCGGAGUAUUCUCCGCAGGGGCAGCCGUGCCAGAAUGGGCAGCAUGGCCGGCGUGAAUUACUUAAUGAGCUCAUGACAACUCGGUCCUCAACUCCAGACGCUAAAGACGAGCUCAAGUUACAUCACUGUUGGUUCGAACUCGUUACUGCAUACUCAAGAACCAGAUUAGAGCAUCAUACUUCCCAAAGAACCUUUCUCUCUGGCCUUGUCGAAAAAAUCGCGGGCGUUGAUGAGCUCACGUACCUGAAUGGCUUAUGGGCUCGUCACAUUACUUUCGACCUCCUCUGGUACGUGGCCGCAGGCUCAACAAACAGACCUACAUCACACCAGCCAACCUGGUCGUGGCAUUCUGUAAAUGGUGUUGUGCGUUCUCAACUAGUGCAGCGAACCGACAAGGCAGAAGGAAAACGCUGCGAGUUCGUCAAAGUUGCUGAGGUGCUGGUCCAGGAAACUCAUUCGAGCAGCAUGUGUCCACAGCAGGAUGUAUUGGCACUGAAAUGUCCAGUUCUUCGUGGUAGCAACUUAAACAACACUUCAAAUACCAUCACAGUUCAAACAUUGGAGGAAGAAGCAGACGCCGAGGUCCAUCUAGAUGUGACGGACUUGGAUGCAACCAAAGAGCUGUUUUGUGCAGAAUUGGUCAGGGAACUGUUGUACGAGGAUAAACAGGGCACCCUUUCGAGUGUAUGGAGUAAUGGACUCGUUUUGCAACGGACGCUGGACCGAACGCCGGAGGGAGUGAAGGUGACUUAUCAGAGGGUUGGACGGUUUUGGAUGGAGUGGCCGGUAGAGAAGCAUUGCGUUGAAGCGAAGUCUGGGAUGAGGGUGAAGCCUAUGUUUAAUAGAUAUAAGGCGCAAACUAUUUCGUUGAUAUGA